AUGGAGCGGAAAAGGAGCGGUAACACCGUUAGAGCCAAGGCCAAGACCCGCUCCUUUCCCUGGCCGGGACUUCAGCUUCCCCGUCGCCGAGUCCACCAGACAUCUGAGAAGGGCAACUACGGUGAGCGUGUCGCGCCGGAGCUCGGUGUACUGGCGGCGGUGCUGGAGGUAUCUGACCGCCGAAUCCUGGAGCUGACGGUAACGCUGCCCGCGACAACAAGCCCUCCCCCCCCAGACCCGCCCCCACUCAUCCCCGCCACUGCAGGGGGGGGGGGGCUCGCCGUCCGCAACGACGAUGAGUUCACCAAAUGCUGGGUGGAGGGACCAUGCUCGGGCGGCGUGAUGCCCAACAUCCAGGCGGUGCUGUGCCAAGGAAGACCGAGAAG